GGGCCGGGCCGGGAGCGGCGGCGGGACGCGGCGGAGCUGCCUCUCGCCAUGGGCGGUGGGUGCCGGGCCUGGCUGCGGCUGCUCCUUGCCCACGCCGUGCUGCUCUGCGCCGCCGGGAGCGCCGCGACCGACGGCUCCGUGAACCCCUGUUGCUAUUUCCCCUGCCAGAACCAAGGGGUGUGUGUGAGGGUCGGCCUGGGAGGAUACGAGUGUGACUGCACGCGGACGGGAUACUUCGGGGACAACUGCACCUCCCCCGAGCUCUGGACACGCCUCCACGACCUGCUGAAGCCCACUCCUGCCUUCUACCACUUCAUCCUGACCCACUUCAGGUGGUUUUGGGACAUUAUCAACAGCACCUUCAUCAGGGACACGCUUAUGAGGCUUGUGCUUACAGUUCGUGCCAAUCUCAUCCCCAGCCCCCCCACCUUCAACUCUGACUAUGGCUACAUCAGCUGGGAGGCCUACGCCAACGUCAGCUAUUACACUCGUGUCCUCCCGCCCGUGCCGGACAACUGCCCGACGCCCAUGGGGACAAAAGGCAAGCAGCAGCUCCCUGAACCCGAGCUCCUGGCAGAGAGGUUCCUGCUGCGGCAGAAGUUUGAAGCUGAUCCCCAAGGCUCCAACCUGAUGUUUGCCUUCUUCGCCCAACAUUUCACCCACCAGUUCUUCAAGACGUCAGGGAAGAUGGGACGUGGCUUCACCAAGGCGCUGGGGCACGGGGUGGAUCUCGGGCACGUGUAUGGGGACAACCUGCAGCGGCAGCACCAGCUGCGACUCUUCAGAGACGGGAAGCUGAAAUUCCAGGUGGUGGAUGGAGAGGUGUACCCCCCCACAGUCACUGAUGCUCCAGUCCACAUGGUCUACCCGCCUGCCGUCCCCAAGAAGAAGCAGCUGGCGAUGGGGCAGGAGGUGUUUGGGCUGCUGCCGGGGCUCUGUAUGUACGCCACGCUCUGGCUGCGUGAGCACAACCGCGUCUGCGACAUACUGAAACGGGAGCAUCCCACCUGGAGCGAUGAGCAGCUCUUCCAGACGGCUCGUCUCAUCCUCAUCGGGGAGACCAUUAAGAUUGUCAUCGAAGACUACGUCCAGCAUCUCAGUGGGUACUUCUUCAGCCUCAAGUUCGACCCUGAGCUGCUGUUUGGGAUGCAGUUCCAGUACCGGAAUCGCAUUGCGGUGGAGUUCAACCAGCUCUAUCACUGGCAUGGGCUGAUGCCCGACUUCUUCGUCAUCCAGGGAGAAAAGUACAACUAUGAACAGUUCCUCUACAACACCUCCAUGCUCUUGGACUACGGUGUGGAGGCGCUGGUGGAGUCCUUUUCCAAGCAGGUUGCAGGAAGGAUCGGUGGGGGACAAACCAUCAAUGCCAAUAUCUUGAAAGUAGCUGUUGGGGUCAUCAAGGAAUCCCGAGAGCUGAGGGUACAGCCAUUUAACGAGUAUCGGAAGAGGUUUGGCAUGAAGCCCUACAAGUCCUUUCAGGAGCUAACAGGAGAGGAAGAGAAGGCAGCAGAGCUGGAAGAGCUGUAUGGAGACAUCGAUGCUCUGGAGUUCUAUGUGGGCUUGCUGCUUGAAAAACCCCAUCCCAAUGGUAUUUUUGGAGAAAGCAUGGUGGAGAUCGGAGCUCCGUUUUCCCUGAAGGGGCUUCUUGGAAACCCCAUCUGCUCCCCAGAGUACUGGAAACCCAGUACAUUCGGUGGAGCAACUGGCUUUGAGAUAGUUAAGACAGCAUCGCUCAAGAAGCUCGUGUGCCUCAAUGUGAAGAAGUGCCCAUAUGUGGCAUUUCAUGUGCCAGAUGCUGCGGAAAAUGGCAGCUCUCGGGGUGGUGGACCAUCUACUGAGCUCUAGUGCCAGGACAGCCUGCCCAGGAGCAGCGGGGACCUGCCCACCCCUGUGCUGAGCCGGAGCAGGACAGAAGAUGGUUCCACUGCAGGCGUCCUCCACACGAGCCCCUGAGGAGGCUGGUACCAACUCUGUGAAAAGCUCGAGUGCCUCAGGAGUGUGGCUGCCACCGCUGUCCUCAGCACACCCAAUUCUCUUGCUAGCAAAUACCUUGCACUAAGCCAGCUUUGGGCUUCCCCAGGGGACACCCACCUCCCUGGAAUGCUCUGGACUCCCCCCACGCUUUGUCACCUUCUGCCCCGCGGCUUUCCAGCACCAGGCCACCAGCAGCCCCUCUUCUGCAGGGCUUCCCUGCUUGGGACAGAGGAUUGGAGAGCCUGGGGAGCCCUCGCAGUCCUUCCUCCUCUGCUGCACCCAGUUCAGCCGCUGAGCUCCCCAAGGGAGGCAGAGGAGGCAGCUGGCAGCAUGCAGAGGGACACAGAGGACACAUCGUAGGUGUUUGUACUGGCCCAGCAGUGGCUGAGCUUGCAGUAAGAACCUGCCCUGAUCUGCUUCUCCUGCAGCCGCCCUGGACUGCCUACCCCAGCCUGCCCAGCACACAGGCACAGCCAAGACACAGCCAAGAAGGAGGAACCAAAGCAAUGUCUCUGCAGGAGGAGACCAGGGGAGAAGCACCAGAUCAGACCACCCAUUGGGACCCCAGCACACACCGCCGACCGCCUGAGCAGGGCUGCUCAGAGUAAGAUGCUACCUCUGUGCUAACAGAGCAAUGAAAUCUCUUCCAUCCUACGAUCGUUACACUUCCUGGCAUUAAUAGCUCAGCAAAUGGCAUCCCCAAAGCACACAGAGCCCACUUCUGCCCUCUCCAGAAACACACGCAGUCCUCACUGACAUAGUAACAUGGUAGGUGGCAGCCAUUGUCACUGGCCUUGAUUCCCAUCAGAUCCCAGUUCACCUCCAAGAGAAUGGACAUUUAAAAUAAUAAGUGAUUUUAAAAACUCCUUUCAUUUCCUCCAGCCAGUUUCCAAGUUUUGUCUCACCGGCACUAGGGCCUGCAGGAGGGCAGGACACGUGGGAGGCAGCAGGAACUUGGGGAGAGAAGUCCCUGGGGUGUUGCUGGAAGGCUGGCGUCCUACUGGGACAUGGCUGGGGUCAUGCAGCCAGAGGGCCAUGGUCACCGGCGCUGCGCUCUGUCAUUGCCGACUGCAACAGAAGAAAAAUGGAGCGACCCUCCUCCUUAGGGAUUACCUCGGCAGGGGGGUCUCUGAGCCUGAGUCUCCCACGAAGGUUUGAGCUGUGCUGCCCUCUGGCCACCACCAGCCCACAGCCCUGUGCUGCGUUGCUCCCAUGCUGAUAACACAGCGCUUUCAUCCAACAAUAUGUAUUUCUAUCACAUAAAAUCUCUCCACAUGUAAA